UACUGGGACUUCCAGAAAAACAAUGGGCAGGGGGGCUGGAGCAGUGAAGGCUGUGAGACAGAGAGCAGCUCUGCUUAUCUGACCAGCUGUCGCUGUAAUCACCUGACACACUUUGGUGUGCUCCUGGAUGUGUCCAGGACACCCAUUAGUGAAGUGGACCGCCAGAUCCUGUCCAUCAUCUCCUACCUGGGCUGUGGUGUGUCCUCCAUCUUCCUGGGCAUCAGUCUGCUGACUUACACUGCCUUUGGGAAGUUGCGUAAAGACUACCCGUCCAAGAUCCUACUCAACCUAUCAGGGGCUCUGCUGGGGCUCAACAUGGUCUUCCUGCUCAACUCCUGGCUCUCAUCCUUCAACAACUAUGGCCUCUGCAUCACCACUGCAGUCACCUUGCAUUACUUCAUGUUGGCAUCCUUCACUUGGAUGGCUCUGGAGGCCGUCCACAUGUACUUUGCUCUGGUCAAGGUCUUCAACAUCUACGUCCCCUUCUACAUUCUCAAGUUCUGCGCCCUUGGCUGGGGCCUUCCCCUGGUGAUUGUCAGCCUAGUCCUGGCGAUAGACAUGGAUGCCUACGGCAAUGACUUGUCCAGGAAGUCUACAGACGACAUGCAGAAUUCUGAAUCAUUCUGCUGGAUGCAGAACAAUGUGGUCUUCUACAUCACAGUGUUGGCCUUUGUUCUGCUCGUCAUGCUGAUAAACCUUUCUGUGUUUACCGUGGUUCUGGUUCAAAUCCGCAACAUGCGGACCAACAAACCUGCUGGAAACAAGGGGAGCAUACUGCAGGACUUGCGAGCGGCAGCCAGCCUCACCUUUCUGCUGGGUCUCACUUGGCCACUAGCCUUCUUUGCCUUGGGUCCGGCCAAAGUACCGCUGCUCUAUUUUUUCUCCAUCCUCAACAGUCUUCAGGGGUUCUUCAUCUUUGUGUUCCACUGUCUGAUGAAAGAGAAUGUUCGGAAGCAGUGGAGAAUCCACUUGUGCUGUGGCAGAUUCAGGCUUAAUGACUAUUCAGACUGGAGUCAUUCUGUGACAUUAGGCGACAGGUCCAAGCAGAACCAGUUGGUGAACUCCCCUUCUUUGAGGUCUGUAGACACCAGUUCCAGCAGGAAGAUCUCUGACUCGUCCACUGGUUCUGCGCCAGUCCACUUCUAGGGGGAAAAGAAGGGAUCAGAUUUCUGAGCGGUUAGGGAGUUGGACUAUUAAUCAGAAGGUUGUUGGUUCGAUUCCCGGACAUGCAAAAUGACGUUGUGUCCUUGGGCAAGGCACUUUACCCUACUUGCCUGGGGGGGGAAUGUCCCUGUGCUUACUGUAAGUCGCUCUGGAUAAGAACGUCUGCUAAAUGACUAAAUGUAAAUGUAAGUCACUUUGGAUAAAAGCGUCUGCUUAAUGAAUAAACGUAAUGUAAUGUAAUGUAAACGUAAUGUAAUGUAAUGUGAGUCCAGGAUUUGUCUUGACUUCUCAUCUUCAGUAAGCUGUUAAAGCUUCAGUACAAUAAAACAACAUGGAUACAUGGAAUACUUUAGCCAUGGCACUAAAAACGCUAAAAAUUUAAUGUCUGUGUCUAACUAAAAAACAAGCUUAUUUGUACAGUUUAUUGUUAAUUGUAACAGUGCCUUUUUUGUUUCAUCUUCUUUUUGGAUAAAGAGACUGUUUACUGUGUAUAUGAAAGUGGUAUUUUAAUUUAAAUGUGGAUCAUGAAUUGAAGUUAAUUUAGUCCAUUAGCACAUACAUGUAAUAAAGUGAUAAGUUAUGGUGGUUGCUGUUAAAUCCUAGUAUCAAUAUAUUUAUUAGCUUUAGAUACAAUUCAAAAGUAAGUCAAAAUAACUUAAAUAAAAGUAUUUUCAAUUAUGUUACUACUGGCUUUCUGGGAGUAGAAUAGCUUGUUUUGCAUUUU